AUGACUGCACUAACGAUCUACAACCUCUUUAUCAGCGUGUCCACUGCAGUGCAGUUGUUCUCGCAGUUUCCGUUCAGUGAGUUCAACGUCUACCGGAAUCUUCUCUGCAACUUCAGUCACUGUGUAAAGCACUCAUGGGGAAUGCACGCAAUCGAUGUAUUUUCGGCGUUUGCCCUUGUCUGUAAACUGUUAAUCAUUUUUGCGGAAAAGAUCAUGCAUUCGUUCGUCAUCACUGUAUGCUUAAUUUUGGGAUUGACCUUUAAAGGCAUUGUAUCGGAAAUUGAAGGCACCUGUAAUGCGAAAGGGAAAACAUUGUUUGCCGUAGUCGACAGCCUCAUGCACCGACACGUGGAACUGGAGAAGCAGUUUUGCCGGCUGGAUAGCAUUCUCUCGUUUACGACCGUGAUGCGCUACGGCUCCGAUGUUUUGGGAUUGCUGUCCUACAAAAAGCAGCAUAUUAUGGCAAAUAACUUUUUCGCAUACGCUUACUUAGCGCAAUUGAUUGUUGAUGUUACGUCACGCACACUGACAUUUAUCUAUGCAAAUGAAAAGGCAAAGGAAGUUAUUCCGGUGUUGGAAGACGUGCUGAUAGCAGAAACAGAACUGAGCACCGGUCAAUGUAACCGCCUCACGACCCAUAUUAACCGAUUAAAAACUAACAAUAUCGGCAUGUCAUUGGCUAAGAUUGUCGUGGUGGAUCGUGGAUUCAUCGCCACGCUUGUUGGUGUGGUUUUGACGUACUUGUUGAUCAUGUGGCAAAUGGAUGAUGGCGAGUUCAGUGCCAAGAAGCAGCUCCAGCUUGGCGCACUCCUGCAGAAUUCCCUGAAGAAUUAUUUUGCGCAUCGUAAUUAUACUAUCCCUUCCUGA